AAAAAAAAAAAGCUCAAAACCCUAGCGGCUGUAAAGUCCAGCCUCUCAAUUUCGAUUCAGAGAGCUCAGAGCCGAAAGUUCAUCCAAAGCCCAUUACCUACCCCCUCGUUGCCUUUCUAUGUUUUAAAUCUUUCGCCUCUGAUUCGCGCGUCUCCUUCCUCACGCUACACUCCGAAUUUUAUGGAUAACAAUACUUCUUUAAUGCUUAUUGAUAACAAUGGUUCUUUUGAAAUUGAUGACCAAUCCCAUAUGGAUGUUGACACCACAUCCCAAAACAAUUCCAUGGCAUUGGUCACCCCAACAAAGCCACCCACUGAUCUUGAUACAGAUGAUGGCUUGCUACCUCCUCAGCCUGGUAUACGCCGCAGGAGGAAGAAGUCUAUGGUCUGGGAACACUUCACCAUUGAAACCACUAGCCCUGGCUCUUCCAAGGCUUGUUGUAAACACUGCAGAAAAUCAUUUGCCUACAUCACUGGCCAAAAGCUAGCUGGAACAAGCCACCUCAAGCGUCACAUUCAGUUGGGUAUAUGCCCUAUGAGCCCAGAGACUCACCCUCAACUCACACAAGUCUCUGAGACCAAAGAUGCUCCUAGAAAACGCCAGAGGGCUUCUGCAGCUGCUGCUACACCUCUGGAUCAAGAUCGUUGCUAUAGUGAGAUGGCAAAGAUGAUGAUCAUGCAUGAGUAUCCUCUUCACAUGGUUGAGCAUUGUGGGUUUACUGGUUUUGUCAAUGCUCUUCGUCCUCAGCUUAGUAUGCCAAGCUUUCAUGCCAUUCAUGCUGAUUGUGUAGCUAUGUACUUGUCUGAGAAGCAGAAACUUUCAGCCUUUAUCAGUGAGAUUCCUGGUCAGGUGAAUCUCACUAUAGAUUUGUGGACAUCAAAUCAAUCUGUUGGAUAUGCGUUUGUGACGGGACACUUCAUUGAUAAGGAUUGGAAUCUAACUCACAGGCUUCUGAAUGUGGCUCUUGUUCCUUCCCCUGAUUCAGAUUUUGCUUUGAACCAACCUAUUGCAGCUUGUUUAUCCGACUGGAAUCUCGAGAGGAUGCUCUGUAGCAUCACUGUUGGGCAAUCAGUAGUGAAUAAAGUCUCUAUUGAAAACCUAAGAUGUUGUUUGUCUGCCAAGAACCAGCAUGUAAUGAAUGGUCAGCUGUUACUGGGGAAUUGCUAUGCUCGCCUCUUGAGUAGUAUGGCGCAAGAUGUACUUGGGGCUGAGGAUCUUCAAACUGUUAUUAAAAAGGUUCGUGAUAGCGUGAAGCAUGUGAAAACCAAAGACAGUUGCUCAGAGAGGUUUGAUGAAUUGAAGACACAACUUCAAACCCAUUCUACGAGAGAUCUCCGCAUUGACGACCAGACGAAAUGGGACACGACUUACAGUAUGUUAUUGGCUGCCUCUGAACACAAAGAAGUGUUUUCUUGUCUGGGGAACUGUGAUCUUGAAUAUAAAAUUUCAACAUCUCCUGAAGAAUGGAGACAGGUUGAGGUCCUUUGCUCGUGCUUGAAGAUUCUUUUUGACGCGGCUAAUGUUCUGACUGGUCCUGCCCGAAUGACAGCAAACGAUUUGUACCAUGAGAUGACGAAGCUUCAGCUUGAGCUGAGCCACGCAGCCAUGAGUGAAGAGCCAGAUGUUAGAAACAUGGCGACCCCACUAAGAGAGAAGUUUGAUGAGUACUGGAGAGGAUGUUUCCUGCUACUGGCAGUUGCUGUUGUGAUGGAUCCGCGCUUCAAGAUGAAGCUUAUUGAGUUUAGUUUCUCUAAGGCGUAUGGGGAAGAUGCAGAGAAAUGGAUCAGGAGUGUCGAUGAUGCUGUACAUGAUCUGUACCAUGACUAUGCUGAAAAGAGUCACUCACUGUUGGAAGCUUAUGUGGGCCACGGGAAUGAUGGCUUUUCUGAAACAGAUAUGGGUCAAGUUCACUUUCAUCCUGAAUACAACCAUUCAAACGAGCUUUCACAUGAUCAAAUAUAUGAACAGCCUAGAGAUGGCAAUCUGCCGAAUGAAAAGCCAAAAGACCAUGCUUUGAAUGAUCAUGAGUCUCAAGAAGCUGCUCAGACAGAGGAGACCCAGCUGGUUGAGGAACUUCCAUGUGAGAGCCAUCCCACUGAGGAACUGCCGCUGAAAAACCAACAAGUGGAGGAUACAGAUAUGACACAGGAAACGCAGCCGGUGGAGGAAAUGCUCCAGGACACUCAAUCAGUGGGAGAACUGGCUCAGGAGGCACAAUUGGUGGAGGAGAAGCAUGCUGACAAUGACACCCAGCUUGUUGAGGAAGUAGGACAUGAGACACAACUGAUUGAGGAAAUGGUUGAGAACACUGAACAAGUGGUUCAGGAGGCACAACUGGAUGAAGAGAACAUUGGUGACAUUCAGACUGUUAAGGAAGUAGGACAUGAGACACAACCGAUUGAGGAAAUGGUCGAGAACACUGAACAAGUUGAACAAGUGGUUCAGGAGGCACAACUGGAUGAGGAGAACAUUGGUGACAGUGACAUUCAGACUGUUAAGGAAGUUGGACAUGAGACACAACAGAUUGAUGAAAUGGUCGAGAACACUGAACAAGUUGAGCAAGUGGUUCAGGAGGCCCAACCUGAUGAAGAGAACAUUGGUGACAGUGACAUUCAGACUGUUAAGGAAGUAGGACAUGAGACACAACUAAUUGAAGAAAUGGUCGAGAACACUGAACAAGUUGAGCAAGUGGUUCAGGAGGCACAACUGGAUGAAGAGAACAUUGGUGACAGUGACAUUCAGACGGUUAAGGAAGUAGGACAUGAGACACAACCAGUGGAGGAAAUGGUCGAGGACACAGAACCAGUUGAGGAAAAGCAUGAUGACAUUCAGCCUGUUGAAGAAGCAGAACAUGAGACGCAGCCAGUAGAGGAAAUACUAGAGCAUACUCAGCCAGUUGAGGAAUUGGCACAUGAGGCACAAGCAGUGGAGCCCAUUCCCGAGCACAGCAAAAAUCCACAGAACGGUGAUUCUCAGUCACAUGCAAUGCCGCAGGAAGAAGCUGCGUUUACAAUCUCUCAAGAAGGUCACCACGUUGACGUCCUUCUCCAGGAAGGCCAUCACCUUGAAGCAUCUUCGCAGGAGUUUCCCCUCAUCACCAUUGGAGAUGGAUUCUCAGACUUUGAGCUUUACAUCUCUGAGGUUGGGAGUCGCGAGCAGAUGAAAUCGGAGCUCGACCAAUACCUGGAGGAAUCUCUGAUACCGCGAUCUCCAGACUUUGAGGUUUUGAGCUGGUGGAGCCUGAACCGAACCAAGUACCCUACUCUCUCUAAGAUGGCAGCUGAUGUCUUGUCCUUACCAUUUUGCACCGUCUCUCCUGAUUUUGUUUUUGACACUGAGGUGAAAAAGAUGGACAACUACAGGAGCUCCCUUGGACAUGUGACCUUGGAAGCUCUCUUCUGCGCCAAGGAUUGGCUCAAGCACGGUUCAAAGGCUUCCACGUCACAGAACAAUAUGAAGAGGGAACCGUGAGAGUGUAGCUUGGAACAAGACUUGGAUCAACGAGACUUGAGAGUUGAGAGUAAAUUUUUAAUGCUUUAGAACUUUGAGUUUUAAAUUUCAUACUCUUAGCAUUUGAACACAAAAAGUUACGAUGUAAAAUCUGAUUGUGAACUGCUUGAUCAUUAAUUUGUCAUGUGCUUGGUUUAUCUCUGUUGCGAUUCCAAGGCUCUUUUUGGUUUUUGACAUUAAAUCAUUUUAUCUUGGUAUGUGUGUAUAAUAUUUCUUGUUCAAAUUGUGGAGUUUAGUACAGAUAAUCCAUCGUCUUAAAAUUC